CAAUCACACGGCGGUUCACCCUCAACACAGGCGCGAAACGAAAGCGUUGCGACGCUGCUGCGGUACCCACUGGCGGCGGUUGACGGGACGAGAAAUGGACCUGCCGCAGAAGAGAAAACGAAUAAGCCACGAAUUAACCACCUCACAGCCCUCCAGCCGCGAAGCUGCACCGUCCAGCAGCACAAAUGGCCAAGCAGGAGGUUUCGUGGAGGGCUCUAUCCUCCGCAUCACCAUGCGCAACUUCCUCACCUACGAUCACUCGGAAGUGUUCCCGGGACCCAAACUAAACAUGAUCGUCGGAGCCAACGGCACGGGGAAGUCCAGUAUAGUGUGUGCCAUCUGCCUGGGCCUGGCCGGUAAAACAUCUGUCCUGGGCCGAGGAGACAAGGUUGGUCUGUAUGUGAAGCGAGGAUGCAGUAAGGGUUCAGUUGAAAUUGAGCUAUACAGAGCGAGUGGAAACUUGGUAAUCACCAGAGAGAUCCAGGUGGAGAACAACCAGUCGACGUGGAUGCUCAACAGAAAACACUCCAGUCAGAAAGCUGUGGAGGAGGCUGUGAAAGAGCUGCACAUUCAGGUCGGGAACCUGUGUCAGUUCCUACCGCAGGAGAAGGUUGGUGAGUUUGCUAAGAUGAGUAAGAUCGAACUUCUCGAAGCCACUGAGAAAUCGGUCGGCCCGCCAGAAAUGUACGAGUUUCACUGCGAACUCAAGACGUUUCGCAGCAAAGAGAGGGAACUGGAGAAUGUGUGUAAGGAGAAAGCCACCUUCCUAGAGAAGGCCAGACAGAGGAACGAGAGGAACAAACUGGAUGUAGAGCGCUACUACAUGAAGAAGAGACACUUGGACAGGAUCCAGAUGCUAGAGAAGAAGAAACCCUGGGUGGAGUAUGAAACGGCACGUAAAGAGCUUGAGGGGGUGAAGAAGGAGAGAGAGGAAAUGAAGAAGAAGCUGAAGUCGUUAAAAGAAGCUCAGGAGCCUCUGAUGAGGAAGAUCCGCUCGGUGGAGAGUCAGCUGCAGCCCAUCGAGCAGCAGAUGAAGGAGCUGACUGCUGGUAUCAGAGAUGCAACGCAGAAAUGCAAGCAGAAACAUGAUCAGCUUGAAUAUAGGAAUAAAGAGGUUGAUGACAUCAGACAGGACCUGAGUCUGAAGCAGACCGAGGAGGCGGACCGACAGAAGCGGAUCGGACACACGCAGCUCAUGAUCAAAGACCUGCAGAAGGAGCUACAGAACAUGGGCAGCAUGGAGGACGUCACGCCUCAGAUCGAGGCUGUCAAUGCAGAGCUGAGGAAAAUCCAGGAAGAGAAAGCCAAACUGGAGGGCGAGAUGUCAGACCUGCGCAGAGAUAAAGACGAAGCCUUUGGAGAAUUAAACCGUUUGCAGAAUCGUCAGAAGAGUCUGGACAACAUGAUGAACGUGAAAGAGGAAAAACUGCGCACCCGAUUUCGUGACACUUACACUGCCCUCAAGUGGCUGAGGGAUAACCGUGGUCGUUUUGAAGGCAACGUCUAUGAGCCCAUGAUGCUGGUGAUAAAUGUCCGUGAUUCUCGGCACGCAAAAUACAUUGAGAGUCACAUUCCUCUCAAUGAUUUGAGAGCCUUCGUCUUUCAGAAACAGGAGGACAUGGAGAAGUUCAUGACGGAGGUGCGAGACACACAGAGGCUGCGAGUUAACACCGUCAUUGCUCCAGAGGAGUCCUGCUCUAGACGACCACCUUCACGACCACUCGAGACCCUGAAGCCUUAUGGCUUCUUCUCAUAUUUGCGUGAGCUGUUCGAUGCUCCUGAGGAGGUCAUGAGUUACUUAUGCUAUCAAUACAAAGUCAAUGAUGUGCCUGUAGGCACCGAGAAGACCAAGAGCAUGAUCGAGAUGGUGAUCAGAGAGCUUCAGAUGAGGAUGAUCUACACCGCGGAGGAGAAGUACACAGUGAAGAAAUCCAACUACUCUAGUAACGUGGUCUCCAGUAACUCGGCCCUGCGACCCUCACAGUUCCUCACUAUGACCGUAGAUGCAGAUGAGAGACGCCAGCUGGAAGAGCAGCUGAGGGCAGCACAGAGGCAGGUGCAGAGCAUUGAUCAACGGAUGGCAGCCAUCCGUGAGCAACAAGCUAAACUGGACCGCCGUGAUAAUGAGCUGCGUGCAAACAAGAAGAAACUGUCUGAGCUGAAGGGCAAGAAGAGACAACUGGAGCAGAAAAUCAGCACAAAACAGGACAGUUUACGGCAGAUGCAGCAGAAUGAGAUCAACUUGCAGGCAAUUGAAGAGGAGACAAACGCCAAGAUCGCUGCUGUAAAUAACAAGAAAGUGGCCAUAAUGCAGGAAUAUUUGGGUCACAUGCAGAUGAAGGCCAGACUGAGUAUGGAGAAGGUGUACUUGGCUCUUCAGAGCGCAGGUCUCUCCGCUGAGAAAACCAAACUGGAGACGGACUGCAGGGACAGUUCAGCUGAGCUCAAGCGAGCCGAGGUGACGUACACCAAACUGGACCAGGUGAAGAACAAUCUGUUGACCAUGUGUAAGAACCUGAUGAGGAGGGCCAGUGAGAUCUGUAACAUGACCCCCGGAGAGACGGCCGUCCCAGAGGAACUACACGCAGCCUUCAGCCAGCUGCCUGACACACUGGAUGAGAUUGAUGCCAUGCUGAAUGAGGAGAAGACCAGAGCCGAGUGCUUCACCGGCCUCAGUGAUGCUGUGGUGGAGGAAUAUAACCGACGUGAGCGGGAGAUUCAGAACAUGGAGAAGGAGCUGGACGACAAGACCAACGCUCUGACAACCUACAGACGAAACAUCGCUGAGGCCAAAGAGCGCUGGCUGAAUCCUCUGAAGCAGCUGGUGGAUCAGAUCAACGAGCGCUUCAGUGAUUUCUUUCGCUCCAUGCAGUGCGCUGGAGAGGUGGAUCUGCACUCGGAGAACGAGGAGGAGUAUGAUAAGUACGGCAUCCGGAUCCGAGUCAAGUUUCGCAGCAGCACGCAGCUGCACGAGCUGACGCCUCACCAUCAGAGCGGAGGAGAGCGCAGCGUGUCCACCAUGCUGUACCUCAUGUCCCUGCAGGAGCUCAACCGCUGCCCCUUCAGAGUGGUGGACGAGAUCAACCAGGGCAUGGAUCCUGUCAACGAGAGACGUGUGUUUGACAUCGUAGUGCGGACAGCGUGUGGCGUGAACACGUCUCAGUAUUUCUUCAUCACACCCAAGCUCCUACAGAACCUGAAGUACGCGGAGCAGAUGACCAUCCUCUGUGUGCACAACGGUCCCUACAUGCUGCCGCCGAACAAAUGGAGCGAGAAAACCUUCAUCAGACGUGCCAAACACAGACAAAUGCCCUGAAGAACACGUUGAGCUGGAGUUGUGUCUGGAUCAGCAGUUCAGAUGAGGUGAAGUGCCUUCAUGUCCACAAUGCAUCAAAACCGUUACCAGUUCGGAUUAAACAUUUUGUGUAAUGAAUAAAUGCAUGCAACUGUUUUUUUUUUACGUGUUAAUUCUCACCUAAGGAAACAUUUAUUAUUACUUGGGUCAAAAAAUGCAAAAUGAGAACAGUUUUAAAUACUAAUAUCUAAUUUUAUUAAUAGGUGUCUUUCAGUUUUUUUUUUUAUUGAAAAUAAGCUGCCAUUUACGUAAUUCAUGCAAUUCGUAACAGAGUGGGACUUUUUUUUCUUUUAACACUGUUG